AUGGUGCGUCAAAUGACAAACUUGGAUGAAGAGGCUGAGAGAAGAAAGAAAGCCAAUGCCCCAAACUAUGUACCCUUACCUAUACCAGGAGUUCCUCCUUAUAGUGAGACUAGUGAUGGUCAACCAAGUGAUGUACAAACCAAGAAAAGAAAGGAGAAUUCAAUCACUAAGCUAUAUGAUGUAAAAGCUAGGAAUCAUCUAGAUGCUGAGAUUGCUCGUAUGUUUUACACUGGUGGUUUACCUUUUAAUUUGAUCUUAUGGAAGAAGUUAUUGAAGAAGUUGGUUCCCAUGAAUGUUGUUCAGGUAAUAACAGACAAUGCUAGCAAUUGCAAGGGUGCUGGUGAACUUAUUGAAAUCAAGUAUCCAUGGAUCUACUGGACCCCAUGUGUUGUCCAUACAUUAAACCUUGCUUUGAAAAAUAUUUGUGCUGCAAGAAAUAUAGAAUCGAAUAUUGAAACAUAUGAUGAAUGUCAUUGGAUUACUCAAGUUCAUGAUGAUGCAGUGCAAGUGAAAAACUUCAUUAUGAAUCUUUCUAUGAGACUAGCAAUGUUCAAUCGAUUUUCUUCUUUGAAAUUAAUUGCAGUGGCUGAUACUCGUUUUGCUUCAGUGGUUGUUAUGCUAAAGAGGUUUAAGCUUCUAAGGCGUUCUCUUGAGGCCAUGGUGAUAAGUGAAGAAUGGGGGGGUUACAAAGAGGAUGAUCAAGGCAAGGCAAGUUUUGUAAAAGAAAAAGUAAUGAGUGAUAGCUGGUGGGAUAAAGUGGACUACAUUCUUGCCUUCACUGGACCCAUUUAUGAGAUGAUAAGGGCUUGUGAUACCGAUAAGCCAAGUCUACAUUUGGUAUAUGAGAUGUGGGACUCUAUGCUUGAAAAGGUGAAAAUUGUGAUUUAUACUCAUGAAGGAUUGACAGAUGAUGAUGAUGAUAUUACUCCGAGUUUUUUGAAGUUUUAUAGUGAGGCAUGGCUUGAAGAAAAUCCAAAUAGAGUACCUCCGCAUAGAGACACAGAAAUAUCUGAAGGAAGAGUAAGUUGUUUUAGAAGACUAUUUCCUGACAAUGCUGAUUUUGCCCGAGCUAUGGAUGAAUAUACCAUUUUCUCAUACAAGUCUGAAUAUCUUGGACAACCUACUUCAUCUUCAUGUUGUGAACGUAAUUGGAGCAUAUAUUCUUUUAUUCACUCACUUAGGAGAAAUAGGUUGAAUCCAAAACGAGCUGAAAAUUUGGUGAAGAUUCACACUAAUCUGCGUCUUCUAUCAAGGAACACAAAUGAAUACACAGCUGGGAAGACAAAAUUGUGGGAUGUAGGUGGUGAUCAAUUUGAUGUCAUGGAUGAUGGGAACGAUGAAAACGCCUUUCUAGAGUUUGCCGACCUUUCUCUUGAUGAACCGGAUCUUGAAUUUGCCCAAAAUCUUUUAAUGGUUACUUCAUAA